AUGCCGGAAAAGCACAGGGGCCUGAAUAACCUCACAGCUUCACCCUUUCCAGACCAGCCAACUUCAGCGGAGAAGGAUGCUACGCGCCAACGCGUUUUUAACAGGACCCGGACCGAGGGGAGGAAGCUCCCCGUGCAGCGGUCCUCGGCGCCGCCGCCGCGAGCUAGGCUCCCGGUUAGAGACCCCCGCCCCGCCCCGCUGCGCUCUCGCCGGCAGCCCAGGAAGGGGGCAAAGCCACCCGCACCCAAAGUUUUGCUCGCGGCUGUCUGCACCCCCUUCCCCCGUCCCGGGCUCGAGCAGCCGGUCGUGCGGGAUCGCGACCCGGGCAGGACCGCACCGAGGCUCCUAUCACGCGCCCCCCAGGUCCCGCGGGGGGCGCCGGGCUCCGACCAGCGGCCGGCUCCCAACUUGGGCGGCUGGGGCCGCACGGCUCCGCUCCCGCCGGCGACAGAGCCCCGCAGGGCGCGUCUGACCCGCGAGCGCUCCCGCGGCCGCCCGGCCCGCUGCGUCAAGCCCCGCCGCCCGCUUCGCGGCCCCGACGGCUCAGGCUCGCCCCGGCCCCGCGCCUACCUUGAGCCAGCGCCCGGAGCAAGUGCAGCUGCAGCGCCAGGAGCGCCCACCAUCCGCGCCUCCCGCCCGCGCUCAACUUUGUCGCCGGCCGCCCGCCGCGCUCCCCCGAGUCCCGGCCGGGGCUCUCGGGCGCCGCGCGGGCUCCCCGGGGCCGCUGCCGCCGCUCGGGGUCGGGCGAGGACCCCCGCGGCCGCCCCGGCCCGCCGCGCCGCCGCCGCCCCGGGCCAUGCUGAGGAGGAGCCGCCGCCGCCGCCGCCCGCGCCCGGCCUCGGGCCCCGCGAGCGGGACGGGCGGGCGCGCCCCCGCAGCCGGAGCGCCCUGGCCGCGCCGCGUCUCCCGGAGGGUCCGGCGGGCUCUGAGGAGGAGGAGACGUCGCCGCCGCCGCCGCCGCCGCCCCCGCCCGGCGCUGAGGAGAAAGUGCGCCCGCCCGCGCGCCGGCGCUAG